CUUUUUUCUGAAUUUAUACAAACACUUUCAUUUUAUAGUAAAUUUAGUUUACUAAAGGAAAAGGAAUCUGAGUUUAAAGUUUUUAUUAAACUUAAACUUGUAACUCAGUUGCAAAUAAAUCUUAAACUGAAUCUUUGCUUGUUUGCAAAAAGUUCUGCCUAAUGGAAAAUAGUGACACUGGAGUAUUUCAUCUAAAAUGAGUUGAUAAAGCAAGAGUUUUAUUACAACAAUGCUAAUAGGACAUUAGCGUCAUAAUUAAUCUUUUAGUACCUUUACUUUCGAUACUUAAGUAUGUUUGAAGUCAAACACUUUAGUGUUACCUUGGGUAUCUCUACUUUAACUCAACUACAUGAUUUGUGUACUUUGUCCACCACUGGAAAACAGUACAUAAUUCAAAAAAUUAUGAUAGUGAUGUUUUUUUUCUCACUCCAAAUGCGGCUGAUUAGCCAAGACAUGUCUGAAGUUUGCUUCUUUAGUUUUGUGCUAGAGCUGCAAGCUUAAUGUAGCUAACAAGACUUAAUUUGCAAAUACUUAGGCCCCUGAUCCUGAGUCAUGUAUUUUACAUGUAUUUGGCGUCUGGUUCCAGUGACGUAUAUUAAAUGCAAUCUACUUCUGUCCAUUUUAACAGAUAACAGUAUGUCAUGGUAUACAUGGUCAUAAGUCACAUAACUCAAUGUGCUUUUAGGCAAGUUUGAUUUAGGCAUGCUGUCUGUGCAGUGCUAAUUGGUGUGUAUAGAAUUCCAUUACACGUUAGCUACAUUAGCCUUGUAGCUCCAGUGGAAAAAAGAAGAAGAAAGUCUGGAGCUACAGACGUAUUGAUUAGUGGACGUUUGGGGAAAUGAGGAAGUUGUGUGAAUUUGACUUUCUGCUUUAAACUCUGUGGAAUAAGUGAUCUGUUUUUAGCACAGCCAAAGAGGUGGAGGCCAUCGUGAGAGCCGAGGGGGCAACUCCAGCAACUGUGGGAGUUUUGGAAGGCACUGUUCAUGUAGGUUUAUCUUCAGAGGAGCUGGACUUCCUGGCGCGCAGUAAAAUGGCCCUUAAGGUGUCCAGGAGAGACUUGCCCUAUGUUAUCAGCAAGUAGGGUUUGUCUGGAGGCACCACCGUCUCAGGCACAAUGAUUGCAGCCCACAAAGUAGGGAUUCCUGUGUUUGUGACUGGAGGGAUUGGAGGAGUGCACAGAGAUGGAGAGAACUCUCUGGAUGUUAGCGCUGAUCUGACUGAACUGGGCCGCACUCCCAUCGCUGUGGUGUCCGCUGGUGUGAAGUCCAUCCUGGACAUUGGCCGUACCCUAGAGUUUUUGGAAACUCAGGGGGUCUGUGUAGCCACUUACGGAAAGUCAAAGAGUUUCCCAGCCUUCUUCUCUACUCAGAGUGGAUUCACUUCUCCAUACAAUGUCCUGAAUGCUGAAGAGGCAGCAAAACUUAUUGCAAGCAUGCUGUCUCUAGGCCUGGAGAGUGGAGUCCUACUGGCCGUGCCCAUUCCAGAAGAGCAUGCUGCUGCUGGACAGCAGAUAGACUAUGCUAUACAGGUUGCAGUGGAUGAGGCCAGGCUUAAAGGAAUCGGAGGAAGAGAUGUGACCCCUUUCAUCCUGCAGAGAGUCAGCGAGCUCACUGAGGGCCAGUCCCUCCAAGCCAACAUAGCUCUUAUUCAUAAUAACGCAAAGGUGGGCAGUCAGAUAGCUUGUGCCCUUUCUGAGUACAUGAAGAAGCGUCAGAGUGGUCCCAGAGGAAGCAGUAAGAUGUGGGAGAAGAACCAGCCCUCGAAAUCCAAACCUGUUGUCAUUGGUGGUGUGAAUGUUGACUUCAUUGCUAAAGGAACAACAAAGAAGUUAUUGUUUGGACAGACAAACCCAGGAAGUGUGUGCCAGUCCUUUGGGGGAGUGGGUAGGAAUAUUGCAGACUGUCUGAGCAGGCUGGGCCACAAACCUCUCUUCAUCUCAGCUGUUGGAACAGAUUCUCAUAGUGAUGCCAUGCUCAACUACUGUGAGCAUAUGAACACCAGUGCAGUCGCAAGAUUGCAGGGUCAGAGGACUGCCACCUACUGCGCUGUGAUCACAGAGAGUGGAGAGCUGAGUCUUGGACUGGGGGACAUGGACAUCCACCAACAAAUUAAAGAGCAGUAUGUUUCACAGUAUGAGGAGCAGUUGCGCUCAGCAUCUCUUGUGGUUCUUGAUGGGAACAUUCCUGUUUCUACCAUCGACUAUGUCUGCAGCCUUGCCAAGAAACAUUCAGUCCCAGUGUGGUAUGAGCCCACUGAUGCUGAUAAGGCCUGUAAGCCCUUCCUGUCAGACAGCUGGAAGGCUCUUGCCUACACGUCCCCCAACCUGGCAGAGUUGUACACCAUGAGCCGCACUCUUCACCUGCCGACUCCAGAAGUUCUACCAAACUCUCUAGAGGACGUGUUGAGCUGUGCAGCAGCUCUUACCCGCCCCCUGCUGGAGCACCUGUGUUGUGUGGUAGUGACACUGGGCGCAUUGGGGGUCUUGGUGUGUGGAGAGCACGAAGCUGGAACAGUCAGUCUGCGACCACAAAAGCACAGACGGAAAGGAAGACUGUGUGCUGUGUAUUAUCCAGCACUGGCUGUUCGGUCUGAGGAGACGGUGAAUGUGUCUGGAGCCGGAGACAGCCUUGCAGGUGGACUGAUGGCAGGGAUUCUGCAGGGGAAGGAUACGGACAGCUGUGUGCACAUGGGCCUCCUCGCUGCACGACUCUCACUUUUCUCUCCUCACCCCAUCGCCCCAUCUCUGACUGCUGACGCUGUCCACGCUGAGAGGGCUCAUUCUCAGCCAUGUACCAAGCACACCUGCCUGUGGAUGGAGUCCUAAUAGACUGAGCUGUUACAAUAAUUCUAUCACAAAAAAGACUGGAGACAGAAUAGUACAGAUAUAAACUUUUGUAUGUGAUUACAUUUUCACCUGAUUUACCAUCUGCAUUUAUAACCUGUUGGAAUGAUAUUACUUAUACUUAUAAACUUUAGUGCAUAAUAUCAGUUCUGCAGUUUAAGCAAGAGUUGCUUUUCAGGUCUACCUCGUGCAUUAUGUUACAUUUUACGCAGUUGUAUUUACAGUAAUGAACUCCUCUUGGGUUCAGCUAGCCAUGUAAGCAAGCAGGUCUGUGGUACCGGCUGACAUGCUCCAGUUACUGGUCACUCAUCAUUGUAAUACUACUGUUUAAAAGCUGUUUAAAAGCUUUUUCCAGAAGACACUUCGGGUCACACUUUGGAAACCCUCUCCAUAGGGAAUAGUUUUAAGUAAAUUGAUUACAUCCAAUCAACAUUUUACAGUUUUAAAAUUACAGCAUUUUUUAAAAGGAAUAAUGUCCAAAACCUGGUCCUAGAAUUACUUCUGCAUUGCAAAAUUUGCUGUUUCCCUACACUAACACAACCAUUUUAUCCUCAUAAAGGGCUUUUGAUAGCUAAAGUACAGCAGGAAUUAAAUAGCAGGAUUCGGAAUCGCAGAAUUAACACAUUUUCCAAUAAUUAUUAAAAUAAAAAUGUUUUUAUACCAGUGUGUCUUGCCUUCCGCCUGAUGACAGCUGGGAUAGGCUCCAGCACCCCCUCGAACCUGAGGGAGAAAAUAAGCUUAGAAAAUGUCUGCGUGUGUUUUUAUACCAAUUUUAAUUGUUUUUUUAUUAUUUUGUUUGCUUGGUGUAUUCCCUCACCUUCAGAUAAAUAAACACUAACAGUUAAAUCUG